CGUCAUGUUUUUGCACUCAGCUGUCUACGAUGCACUGGCAACACUCACUCAGACGCUAAACAAAAAAAAAAUAAACCAGAAAAAAGGCAAAAUGGAAACAGCGGGACCUAAUGCAGAAAUUGAACUGCUUGAACGCGUUUUAUUGCGUCUGGGCAAUGCGGAUAGCGAUGAGAAGCUCGAAUCGACAGUGGGUAAAUUCCUGACACCCGUCAUCAUCAAAAUCAAUUCUCCGCACAAUGUUGUGCGCUCUAAGGUGGUCGAGGUACUGACACAUAUAAAGCGUCGCCUCACAUCACGUGGCCAGGUGCAGAUACCAGUGGAAGCACUCCUCGAUCAAUAUGCAGGAGCAGAGAACACCACAUUCCUUAAGAACUUUGCCAUCAUUUUCAUUAGCAUGGGUUUUCCUCGCCUGCCGCUGGAGGAACAGACAAAGCUAGCUGCCAAGGUGGUCGGCUGCGAAAGCAAGCUGGAGAACUAUCAGGAUAAGCUAUUUACGCUGUUGCUGCCUAUAUUGAGUGAAAUGAAGAUACCCGAUGAUCCGGCACAGCGUGGCGAUUUGUUUAAAUUGCAAGAGCAGCCGGCAAUUACUGCCAGUUUUUUAACCUUGCUGCAGGAUGUGCUGUUGCUCCCCUAUGGCAUCACACAAGAUCAGGAUGUGCCACCAGGACUUAGUCCUUAUAGCUUUAAGCGUGUCAUUGCAAACAAUUGGCGUGCCGAGGAGCUGGAGAAGAUCAAGAAGGGCAUCGUACGCUUUCUGUGCGGAGGAGUUUUCACUGAUAAUGAGGUUUUUGUGCUUCUCGUGGUUGCUUCAGCUGAUACGCGCUUCAGUGUGGCCACGCCAGCCAUUGCCGAGCUAAGUAAAUUGUGCACUAUGUUGGAUUUUAGUAGCCCAGCUGUGACAUCCUCUCUAUACACGCUAUUCAUUGGCAAUCAGCAUCAGUUGACGGAGAGGCAGACGCGUCCCUGUUGCGCUCGAGUGCGUCAAAAGCUGUUGCAGUAUCUGAUCAAGUGUCGAGGCAAAGGCAUCUACGUGGGCAAGGGUUUACAAGUGAUCUUCGAUGGGCUCUUUGGCAACAAUACCAAUCAGAAGUGUAAAGUCCUUGCACUGCAAUUCGUGGAAUUGGUGCUAAGAGAGGGUCCACGUGAAGUCGUCUCCAAGGUAUCUAAAGUUCUGCUAACUGGCAUCACAAAAGUAAUUGGACGCGACUCUGUAGAGCCAAAUGAUGUACAAAAUGCAGCCUAUUCCGCUUUAGCACAACACGCGCGCAGCUUUCCGCAGGAUGUUAGCCAGGAUUUGAAGCUAGUGCUUGGCUACUUUAAUAAUCUAGCAACGUGCGCACCCGAUUUGCAUAGUUCAAUACGCGAGGCUUUGGUGUCCAUGGCGCCAGCAUUUGCCUGGCAAACGAAGACCAAAUCAGAUGCCAUGGAUGUGGACAAGCAAGGCGAUCCAGGAGAGGUGCAGUUAGAUGGACAACAGCAUCUGCUACUGGCCAUGCUGCUGGACAAUGCCGAGUCCAAGAUACAAAUUGUGCAGAAUGUGACAAGUGUCUUCCUCACCAGCUGCUAUCCAGAGUUCUAUGCACCAGCACGUUAUUUGUUGCUGCUCAUUGCAGGAGAACGUAACUCCUUGCGAGAGAAUGUGACUACCUAUUUGUAUGGAACGUCGAAGAAGGAUCAUGUUAACUAUAGCAUGCUGUCUUCCAUUGAGCAUACAGGGAAACAUACUAGCGAAUCGAUUAGCGAUUUUAAUCAUUUAUCACUCGAACAGCGACGCGUCUUGCUUCCCAGCUUUAAUAUUAUGAUGUCCCAUGUCCAUGACAUGGCCAACAAGCGACUGAAGAAGAGCAGCGCCUGCGUUGUUUUUGGAAGGACUAAGCUACCCUAUAGCCUGGAAGUCUACGAGGAGAUACUCGACUAUCUGCGUCUCUGUUUGUGGUAUUCGGCGGGCAUUGUCGCCGCACCGGGCGACGAGAAACAUACUCCAGAGCUGCGCAAAUAUAUAAUCACCAACUACGAUAACGUGGAGUCAAAUGCCCUGCAACAAUAUUUACUCUUUGUGCAGCGCGGAGUGGAGGCUAAGCGAACUGAUUCCACUCUAUUAUGUCUCUAUGAUCUGUUGAAUGCUGCACCCGAGGUAUUUGCACCGAAGCAAUUGCAUCUGCUCGAGCCGCUGGGCAAUUCGCUAAAAGAUGUUUCCGAAACAAUGCGUCUUAAUGUUGCCCAGGUCUACGGCAUACUCUGGGCUUACGGGCUACCGAGUGAUAAAUUUGAUCAGGAGGUGGGCGAUUGUCUAAACAGCUUAACGCAAAAGACACUUGAGCAUAAGCAUGGCUGGCUUUUAGUCUUGGGUCAUAGUUUCAAUCGCAAAAUUGAGCAAUUGCGGGAGCAAAAGUCGAGCAAGGACUAUACCAAUUGGAUUCAGUUCGUAAAUGCUGUGAAGAUUAUUGCUAAAAUGCUAACCGAAUCGCAGUGGCUGCUCAUCUCAGCAGCUGUCAAAUGCACCUCAAUGAUUGGCAAAAUGGUUGAGAUACCUAACGUGCCAGUGGAAAUUCAAUGCAGCACCAGCAACAACGAUGACGAUGAAGAUGCAGAGAUGACCGACACAGAGAACAUUCAGAUAUCCACGAAAAUGAUAAUAUUCAGCGUUAUCUUUCAGCUGCUGCGCAGCACCUCCGUUAGACAGAAGAUACGCGAAGAGGCAGCCAAAUGCUUGGGCUAUUUGGCUAUUGGAGAUGGCGCACACUUUACAAAACGCAAUCUGGACAAGUUCCUAACGCUGGCCAAGGUUCAAAAGGAUGCGGCAUUAAAUAUUGCCAUCUCGGAAGCAAUUGUCAGCACAUUGUGUGGCUACGAUGUGAACAGGGGUCCACCAACGGCGGAUUUUGUGAAUGUCCAUUGCAACGAUGCAGAUUUCGAGCAAUUCUUGAUCGCCUUAAUACGCUUGGUUAGCGAACCUAAUCCACAAUCGCGACAGGCCAUAUCAGUUUGGCUGCUCGCUGUGGUCAAGCAUUGCAGCAAUCGACCCGCUGUGCUGAACAAAAAGCAACUGCUGCAGUUUGCUUUUACGGAACUGCUGUCGGAUGAUAGCGAAUUCGUUCAAGAUGUAGCUUCCCGUGGCUUGGGGUUGGUUUACACUCUCUCCGAUUCGAACAGUCAAACGGAUCUGGCUAAUUCUUUGCUGGAUCAGUUGAUUGGUGGUAAGAGGCAGGUGAAUCAGGUCACUGGCGAUACAGAACUCUUUGCCGAGGGCAUGCUAGGCAAGACGCCAACGGGUGGCAAUAUCACCACCUAUAAGGAACUCUGUUCGCUUGCCUCCGAUCUCAAUCAGCCAGACAUGAUUUAUCAGUUUAUGCAGCUGGCCAAUCAUAAUGCUACCUGGACCAGCAAGCUGGGCGCAGCAUUUGGCUUGAAGACGCUCUCCGCGGAGUCGCGACAGAAGAUGCAACCCUAUUUGGGCAAGAUAAUACCACGUCUAUAUCGUUAUAAAUACGAUCCGACACCCAAAAUCCAAAACUCCAUGAUAUCUAUAUGGGAUACCAUUGUCAACGACUCCAAGGAAGUAACCGAGCAAUAUUAUUGGGAGAUCUUGCGCGAACUCCUCGACAAUCUGACCUGCACGGAAUGGCGUGUCCGCAUUGCAUGCUGCUUGGCUGUGCGGGAUUUGCUUAAGCGUUCCAAUGGCUUGCGUUUGCGUUCCGAAGAGAAACUAUCGUCAUCUUCUGCGGCUGCCUCAGGCACGCCUCGUCGCGUAACGCCCGACACGAUGGAUGUGGAUGAGCUGCCUGAACCGGAGCUGCGUGAGCUUUGGUAUCAACUAUUCCGCGUCAUGGAUGACAUACACGAGGGCACACGCAUGACUGCCCAAGGCACAGCCUCAUUUCUGGGCAAGCUAUGCGUCCUAGCUGCCUCCGCAGAGCAUGGAAAAACUGGCACUGCGGUCGCCACUUCCAUUCUUCCCUAUCUACUAGAGACUGGCGUUGGUCACAAAGUUGCUGACAUACGCAAGGUCAGCAUUAAGACUAUAUCGGAAAUGAUUGACUCGUCGGGCGCUAUGAUUGCACCACAUCUUGCCACUCUUAUACCCUGUAUGCUGCGCGCUACAGGCGAGCUGGAAAACACCAAGCUCUCGUAUGUAUCCACACGUUUGGGCGGCGACAAUGAGGCACAGGAAGCUGUUGACAGCCUGCGCGCUGAGGCAGCUAAGUCCCAUCAUACCAUGGAGACGAUCAGCAAGUGUGUGCGAUUCAUUGAUUACCCCGUGCUAGAGCGCAUGACACCGGAGCUCCUGGAGCUGAUGAAAAGCAGCGUUAAUCUGGGCACCAAAAUUGGUUGCGCACACUUCGUUUGUCUGGUCAGCAUACGUCUGGGCAAAGAGAUGACGCCGCUAGUGGGCAAAUAUUUGAGCGCCUGUCUUGGCGGCAUCAAGGAUCGCAAUGCCACAGUGCGCAAAUACAAUGCAAGCGCCAUUGGACAUCUGAUGGGAUUGGCCAAGGAACAAUCAAUUAAGAAUCUUUUUACCAAACUGGACAAGCUGUAUAUGGAGCAGCCGAAUAAUCGCUCCAUUGCAUUGACCAUACAAUCGAUUAAUAAGCGAAACCAUGAACUGCUCAAGGACUACAUGGACUGCAUGCUCCCGUUAAUCUUCUUUGCCAUGCACGAGGAGCAGAACGAAGAGAACAAGGCGAACAUUGAGCUUUGGAAGGAUUUGUGGAUUGACAUUAGUCCUGGUGAUGCGGGCAUUCGAGUCAAUCUGCCUGUCAUCCUACCCAAGCUUGAGUCCUCGCUCACCGAUGCCAGUUGGUCGCGCAAAGCGCAGGCAGCCAAUGUCAUCCAGAAUAUUGCAGUCCGUCUCGGCAGCUCCCUCGAGACUGAGGAUCGUGUGCGACUCAUCAAGCUGCUGCUCAGCGGAGUUCAGGGACGCACUUUCGAGGGCAAGGAGCGUCUAUUGCAGGCAUUGGCUGCACUAUGCAAGCAACUUGAUCGCCAGCACGAGAUCUGUCCGAAAAUUAUUGAUGCAGCAAUGCGUGAGGCACGCAAACAAGAGCCUGUCUAUCGUACUAUGGCAUUGGCUGCUCUCGGGGAAAUAUUGGAUGUGCUGGAGGCGGAUCGCUUUGAGGAGGUAUACAACAUGAUCUGGUAUUUGCUGGAGAAGAAGGAGCUGCGCGCUGUUGACUCAGAUGAUGAUGAUGAAGCUGGCUGUAGUAGCCUAGUUCGCAAGGACUUAACAGCCGAUGAGCGCAACAAACGCGCUCAAACGCUUAACAAAUUGAAGGAGGCUGUUUGGGAGACCCUUGGCAAAUCGUGGCCCAAGCAUGCAAUCGAGACUCAGCACAGAUAUCAACUCUUUUUCGCCGAGAAUUGUACGAGCAUUUUGAGUGAGAGCACACGACCUGUACAGGUGAGCCUGCUGGCUGCGCUAACCAAGUACGUGGAGCGCUUACACAUCUUCGACGAGACAGCCAAUCUACCCGACAUACCGCUCGAGCGUAAUAAUUUGGAAAAGAAACCGAAGACGGAGGCGCCACCAUUGCAUACCCGCGAGGCCAUCGUGCAGAAGAUCUGCAGUGAUGUCCUAGCAGCUGUCACUCUCGCCGCUGGCGUACCCCAUACAGGACUCAAAAAAGAGGCACUCAAUAUUGUCCUGAUGCUGAUCAAGCGUCUCAGCUUGACCAGGGAUCAGGCUACGUUGGCGCUGCUCAAGCAAAAUUUCGAAACAAAUCUGAGCAAGUUUCAGCGGGACUCAGCGCCCGAGGUACGCUGUCGCAUCAAGGACAUAGAGGAGAAGCUGGGACGACUGGAACAGCAUUCUACCUGAAUAUAAAAUGGCAUCAGUAACCCCAUGGAAAAUACGAUUAUAUAUAGGCACUUAAACAUCCAAGCUAAGAGCGGUAUUUGGAAAGAAUAAAAACAAAUUGAGCUAUAUUUAUGUAAUGAAAAAUCUAUAAUAAUAACUUAUAUUUUGCAU